AUGAACCGUUUACUCCCGUUAACUUUCAACCUGCGCGGAAUAGUAAAUGCAGAUCAAUUAUGCUUGAACAACGGUUGCUGUGGUGCCGUCGCACGCGUCCGCCUCACACAGGCUGCGCGGACGCAGCUGGAGUCGGCCCUCUGGAGUGAGCUUAGUAAGCUCGCAGACACUCUUACUAAUAGAGCAAUCAAAUUUGACGAAUUCUUCAGACGGUUGUUGAAGCAGUCGCGCGAGGAGUUCCAUACGAUGUUCAAGCGAACUUACGGAAUGAUCUACGAACAGCAUUCCUAUGUCUUUGAACAGUUAUUCGAGCAGCUUGAAAGGUAUUACACACGAGGUGACACGAACUUCGACGUCAUGAUAGACGGGUUCUUCAGCAUCCUAUACAACAAGAUGUUCACAGUACUCAACUCACAGUACGAAUUUGAUGAAAAAUAUUUAAAAUGCGUUAACGAGCACAUGCGGGACAUCCAGCCAUUCGAGGAUGUGCCGAAUAAGUUCUCAGUACAGUUACGUCGUGCGGUGGUCGCUACUCGGACCUUUCAUAAAGCACUCAGAGCGGGAGCCGACGUCGUUCGCAGUAUGAUGCAGGUUCAAGUGACGAAUGAAUGUGUAAUUGCGUGGACACGCUUGCGGUACUGUGGAAGCUGCGCGGGAUACCAGCCACCAGCCUGCAGUCGAUAUUGUCAUAAUGUCAUUCGAGGCUGCCUACCUGCACAUGCAGACCUCGGCGAUCAAUGGGAUGCUUAUGUCGUUGCCAUAGACAACGUCGCCGAUCGCCUUCUCGGUUCGUUCAACAUAGCUAUGGUGGUGGAACCAAUUGACAUCAAAAUCUCAGAAGCAAUCAUGAGCUUCCAAGAGCAUAACAGGGAAAUAUCACAAAAAAUAUUUACUGUCUGCGGUAAGCCGGUACUGGGAGGUGGCGGCGGGGCAGGUCCAUUCUUCGCACCAGGCAAACAGCGUAGAUCCGUGCGCUCAAUACCAGAUUUCGAUUGGCCACAAAAAGUCGAUGACGUCGAUGACUUUGAAAUCGAAGGAUCAUUCGAAAGCCUCAUGAAUGGCGAUUCCUCAUUAUCAGGUCUGAAGUCUCCUGAAGACUUUAGGAAAGCUACCGAAGACAUGGCGCAGCAAGCUAAGCUUAGAGAAAGAUUCUUGCAAUAUAUGAGGGGCAAAAUAAAUUUGGAUGAAUAUGAGGAACACGAAAGGCGGAGACGAGAUGCAGAUCCUGCCCCUGCAGCGGCUAGUUCUAUGGACAUUGAUUUCAAGUCUUUCGAAUUCGAUGAGAAGAAAGGACCUAAAAAGAAGAAGACCUUCCCGAAGAGCGAGGAAACACGAGGCUCAGAGUGGGGAGGCCCGGCGCUAGAGAAAUUGGUUCGCGAAACGCGUACGCGCAUGCGCAACACUCGUCGUUACUGGAAUCACCUGCCGGCUUUGUUAUGCACUACCACCAGUGUCACUAGCUCACCGUGCUUCAACGGGACCGCAGUUGCAAGUUACGUGCUGAACGCGGCGAGCGAGGGCACGGCGGGGCUGGCGUCCAACCCCGAGGUGCGCGGCGCGGCCAGCGCCAGUGCCGUGGCGGCGGCGGGCGCGCAGGCCGAGGCGCUGCGCACGCUCACCGCGCGCCUCAAGGACGCCUACAACGGGGUGGAGGUGCAGUGGCUCGACACCGACGCUAGAGACUUACAAGUAGCCAAUUCAUUCUCUAGUGACGUAAUUGAGGAGGUGGAGUCCGGCUCAGGGUCUGGUGAUUACAGCAACGGCGAUGGUUUACCAUAUGACGAUGAAGACAAAAUCAAGGGUUACGAGACAGGGUCCGGCGAGAGCUCGGAGUUCGAGGACGAUGUGCCGACAGAACAUGAGCCACCUGAAGUACCCUCAUACACCACACAGGCGAUAAACACAGAGACACAGACACCGAACAACGUCGAUAGUCCUGAAAUCAACAUCGACGGCCGCAACGUCGAGCACGUCAAGCCGAAAAAACUUCCCGACGACUUCAGCGUCGGGGUCGUCGUGCCCCGCGAGCCGGGAGAGACUGACGCGGCGGGAGAGGCCGACGGGGCCGAUGGCGCCCAAGAGACGCCUGAGGAGCCUCGGCCUGUCGGCGGCUCGGCCACUCGGCCCGACCUGCACAGCGCCCUGUUCACCUACGCCCUGCCGGUGGUGUGCGCGUGGUUCGGUUCUAUCGUCACCGACCUCUUCUAA